AUGGAUGCUCUGCGGACGUUCACCUGCGAUCGAUCAAGUAGUGGUCUUGCGAAGCUUGGGCUACUGGUAGUGCUGCUGCUUGCCACUGUAGUUCGAUGGUACCAAACGGUGAUGGAUGAUGAGCCAAUGUACGUCGGAAGUUGUGCGAGUCAAGGCCAGGCUGACUCACGAAGCAUAGAGGGACCCGUAGCUGCGUUCAUUCUGUGGUGA